UCCGUAUUCAGUGCUAGCCUACAUUAAUGUAACAUCGGCGCCCACAUCAUACAGCGUAUAUAGAUAGAAUUGUCGGAUAAGAUCACACCAUCUCGACCAUGGAGCCUUGAACUGGAAUACACCCACAGCACCACAGAGAUGAACAUGCAGCACACUUGAUAUUUCCCUGGAGGGGAAGCCUGAAUUAAGAUGAAGCGACUGAAGGGGAAAACCCAGAAGUGUGGAGCAUUUCAGAAAGUCCUGUGAACUCUGACCUCCAGCCCCCAUCUGCCAUCAUUCCUUUCCCCCAAAUACACAACACUCCCAUCCAUCAACACUCCUGCUCUGGUCCAAGAUGACCUCGCCGAGAAAGCACCUGGUCAAGGAUUUCAACCACUUUAUCACAUGCUACGUGUGUAAAGGAUACCUGAUCAAGCCCACCACGGUGACAGAGUGCCUGCACACCUUUUGUAAAAGCUGCAUCGUCCAACACUUUGAAGACAGCAACGACUGCCCCAAAUGUGGCAUCCAAGUCCAUGAAACCAACCCUCUAGAGAUGUUAAGGUUGGACAACACUUUAGAGGAAAUCAUUUUCAAACUCGUGCCUGAGCUGAGAGAAAAGGAACAACAGCAGGAGAUUGAGUUCUGGAGGAGUCGAAAGUCGAAGGAGAACGGAGAAGAAGAUGGCCCCCGAUCAAAGAGGUCUAGGCUGGAUGCCGAUAAUGAUGAUGGUGGAGAUGGAGACUACCACAGGAGUGACCCUCAGAUAGCCAUCUGUCUGGAUUGUCUACGCAACAACAGCCUGGUGGAAGAGAACAUUGUUAGGGGCUUAAUGAAGAAAUUUAUACGCUGCUCGACUCGAGUGACAGUCGGAACAAUCAAGAAGUUUCUCAGCUUGAAGUUAAAGCUUCCAAGUUCUUAUGAGCUAGACGUCCUAUGCAACGGGGAGAUCAUGGGAAAAGACCACACCAUGGAGUUCAUCUACAUGACGCGGUGGAGACUUCGCGGUGAAACCGACUACCCAAUGGUACUAGAAUAUCGCCCACGGAUAGACUUUGGUUGACGGAGGGAGACGUGGGACUACUCCUGCACUAACAGCCCAUUGACAGACUACACAAUGAAUGGAUGUGCCUGGCACAAGAGACAAGGACCACACAUCUUCUUAUCAUCUGCAUGCAGUAAUCCGUGAUUGCCUCUAAUCUCAUUCUGUUCUCUUACGUUAUCCUUCAGUUGGUCUGCGUUUCAUUUUCCAAAAACGCAUCAAGGGUUUGAGAACAUGCCUGCGUAUCAUGACGUAUUGAUUCUUAAAAAAGUUCCCGAAAUGUAAUUGACUGAAGAGUGAAGACAUGCCCUUUAAUUCUACAGCACAUUGAAGUGUCCCUAAUAAUACAAGGUGAAAUUACUAGUAGUCUGUUGUUACGCAACACAACAGAGAUAUUACAAGACAGGUGUGCGUGCACUGGCAAACGGCUCAUAAUAUUCCACCUUAUCUACGCUAGAUUUAGUGUCUUACAUGGCUCCCUCCCGUACUCCUGUUUUUAACUACGGUAGUGCCUUUCCCCACAUGCCUCUUUCAGUGCAGUGCCCUUCGAAAAUUCAAACUGCUUUUCAUAUGAAAUCCCUAAUAGUGAAUUCAACAGCCCCAACAUAUAGCCUACAUACAACUACAAGGAAGCUAUGGAUACCAUACCUACCAUAUCCCUAUCUCAAUAAGCUAUAUUCUUCCAUUCCAUGCCAUUUUGAUGUUAUUACCGCAUAUAAAGCAAUACGAGUACUGUAAGACUAGAUUUGGUGGAAGAAGGUUAGAAGAAGCUGAAUAUCACCUACACUGUCUGAAAUGUGUAGCUGUGUGUUUGUGCACUAUGUAAACGUAUUGGGCAUUAUUGUUGACUUGUACAUAGCAGAGAUUUGUAUAGACUGUUUACUACUAUGCUGUAUGUCCUACUGGAUGGCUUAACAUUAAUUUAUUGUUGUUGCCGUAUAGAAACUGCCCAGAGUGUCGUUACAGGGUCCGAUAACCCUUGCCAUUUGUAUCUAAUGGUGGAUCAGUACACAAGUGCUUUAAAUGCUUUUUCCCUCUUCACAUACAGUGCCUUCAGAAAGUAUUCACACCCCUUGACUUUUUCCAAAUGUUUUUGUGUUACAGCCUGAA